UAAAGAAACACGUAGAAGAAGGAAGAUCGGACCGGAAACGACGAUCAUGGCGGAAGUUGUCACAGUAAAACAACAACGCGCCAAAUUUGUGCUAUUCACUGUUCUUUCUGCCUAAGACACAUGGAGCAAUUUGUCGAAUCUUUGUGAGUGUACUGAGGAGACACUGCUGGCUAAGGAAGGCUGUGCAGCCUGACUAGGACUGGGUGCUUCUGUCUUCAGCAUGGCUGUGCCUUUUGUGCAAGACUGGGACCUUGUUCAGACUCUGGGAGAAGGAGCCUAUGGAGAAGUGAAGCUGCUGGUGAACAGACAGACAGAGGAGGCCGUAGCAGUGAAGGUGAUCGAUACCUCUCAGGCUAAAGAGUGCGCUGAGAAUGUAAAGAAGGAAGUCUGCGUCCAUAAGAUGCUCAACCACGCCAACAUCGUUCGUUUUUUUGGCCAUCGGAAGGAAGGUGUAACAAUGUACCUCUUCCUGGAGUACUGCACUGGAGGAGAGCUGUUCGACCGAAUAGAGCCUGAUGUGGGGAUGGCGGAGAAAGAUGCUCAUAAAUUUUUCCAGCAGCUAAUAGCGGCUGUGGAAUACCUCCACUGUGCUGGCUUCACCCACAGAGACAUAAAGCCAGAGAACAUUUUGCUGGAUGACAAAGAUAACCUGAAGCUUUCAGAUUUUGGCCUGGCCACCAUGUUUCGGUUUAAAGGACGAGAACGUCUUUUGAAUCGACUCUGUGGGACUCUCCCUUACGUGGCUCCAGAGCUUCUCAGCCAACCAGAGUACAAAGCUCAGCCGGCAGAUAUCUGGGCUUGUGGGAUAGUCCUCACUGCCAUGCUGGCUGGAGAGUUGCCAUGGGACCAGCCCAGUGACAGCUGUCAAGAGUAUUCAGACUGGCUGCAAAAGAAGACAUACCUGUCUCCUUGGAAGAAAAUACAACCAAUGCCUCUUAGUUUGUUGUCCAAAUUGCUGCUGCCCAGUCCAGAUGCACGAAUCACUAUUGCAGACAUACAGAAAGACCGCUGGUUUACUCAAGGUGUGAAGCAACCACCUCUGGGCUCAGGAGGAAACAAACUUCUUCGAACAGAUGUGGGAGUCAUACCCCGGGCCAACAGUGAUGACAGGAUGCAGUUUUCUAGCUCUCAGCCUGAUUUUGCCGCAGGUGGCUGGGAAGCCAUGUUGUUAAUCGGCCAAAGCGAUGGCCAAGUCAGCUUCUCUCAGCCGACCAAGCCUGAGCACAUGUUGCUGGGUAGUCAGCUCUUGGGCACACCGGGAGCAAGUCAGUCGCCAUGGCAGAGAUUAGUGCGAAGAAUGACGCGUUUCUUUACCACUGUGAAUGCCGACAACUCCUUAUCUGCCCUGAAAGACGCCUGUGACGGCCUGUCACUUGGCUUCAAACUCACCUGCACCAAACAGGUGAUGGUGAGCACACUGGACAAACGCAAUAACAAACUCAUCUUCAAAGUUCACCUGCUAGAGAUGAAUCAGAGAGUGCUGCUGGACUUCAGAUUAUCUAAGGGUGACGGUCUGGAGUUUAAGCGUCUCUUUGUGAAAAUAAAACAGAAGCUCGGUGACAUCAUCAGCACUCAGAAGAUUUUACCCCCCAUCACAUGAGCAGCCUUUACAUACAAUUGCAAACUGCUAUGGCCAUUGGAGGGAGAACCUGUAUAUAUUUAGCUGUUCUAUUGAUAUUUGAAAUAUAUCCUUCUGUUCUCUUCGUGUACGUGUGUCUCCUUGCUUGAAGUUAGCCGGUUAAAGUAGUUGUUAUUCAGAUUAGUGUUCAAAAGUCAUGAUUGUCAAAGUCAGGUACACAUAGGUAUUCGGCAAGUAUGUGUGAUUUGUUCUGAUUAUGUUUGAAAUGAUACAGUCCAGACUCUUGAAUAAAUUAUUAAAAGAC